AACUUGCAAGGUAAUAUUUUUUCACCCACUUCAUUGCAUCCACCAUGCAAAGUGCACACCUGUGUGCAGGAGUGACGGACCUCUUUUCAGAUUUACUGUGGACAAUACAAUUUAUCAUUAAAGAACAAAUAUACUGGGCAAAAAAAAGAUAGAAAGGAGAUGUUUAAAUGUACAGUGAACCAAACACAGUAGAUGCCAUUCAUUUAAAUAUAGUUAAUUAGAUCCUGGCCAGAAGUCCUAGCCAGUGCCCAUGCAUAUUUGUGGGCCAAGAUCUUUGUUGCUUCGAUCCUGAAAUUGUUCCUCACUGAGUAAGUUGAACUUCACUUGUCAUGCAUGCGCCUCACCCUAAUCGUGAUGCCACUGGCUGCAGAGUCUCCUUUGGCAAGACUAGGGGAUAGUGGAUACAUCAAAGAAAUUCCAUUACCUGCUGAAAAUGCCAGUUUUUGGCCUGCUUUUAGCCGAGUUUCAAGUGAAAAUGUCAACUUAGAAUGAACGAUUACACUCGUUUACUCAAGUAUAGCGUGCGCUUUUUAUGAAAACUGGUAAAAAAUUGCCUGUCCUUUACAAUCAGAUAAGAAAGCAAAACUGCAUUAACAGCUUAACAUCAGAGCCACUGUUACUGCCAUCAUCAUUACAUGAUGGCAAAAGAGCAAGUUCUUGCACGGAUCAUCUAAGCUAGUGGCAACAGUGCUACGUCACAUUUUCAGCAUUUCAGAGUGUUACAUGGCAUGAACUGGCAAAUUGGUGUACUGGCUAUAUGAAAGUCUAUGUGGGGGCCACUAUCCCUUUCGCAGUGAUUGUGGAGACAUUCCUACAAAUAUGGAAUAUUGAAUACAGGGGACUGCAUGAAGGGCAACAUGUUGUGGCCUGUAGUCAUAAAAAGCUUUCUGAGAAUGACAACUGGACAUAUAAAAUUUUAUUCAUAAAGGUAAACGGUGUCAUCCUUUCUUGAUUGCCAGAAGUGGAGGCAUGCUAAAUAUUGUAAUAAAAUCUGGUGUGCUUAGGUUUUAGUGAACACUGUUUUCUAUUUGAACCCACAAAAACUGGGUGCACAUAAGAUUUAAGGCAUGUGUUGAAAUUGGGCAACUGCCUGCUAGGCAGUAGGUGUGUUUGGAUGUUCUUCCUACUGGUCCGUUUGAUAAAUUGAUCGAUUCUGUCAGUACCAUCAGAGUUGAAUUAACGAGAGUUGACUGUAGUACUGAACAUAUAUCUUAUUCAGAUAAAUCAUGGGGGAGGGGCCAAGAAACAUUGAUAAAAAGAUACAGGGAGAGGCUUGCACGGCUUGAUUAGCGUGCUAUUCAAUACCUCGCAGGACAUACACAGCAUUUGGCAUUCACAUGGGCUAAAAUAAUGCUGUACUUGCAUCUCCAUAUUCAUGUGCAUCAGGAAAGUGUUAUUUACUACACUACAUUGUUGACAGUGAUUGAAAAAUUUAAAGCAGGUGACAGCAACUGAUUGUUCAGCAUUUCCUCGCUCUGUGGAGAGAACCUCUUUACAGCUGCGCUGUAGUUUUCUGUUUCUAUAUAGCCUGAUCUGGGUUAUCCUGAGCUGCAACAUAAGAUAUUGAACACAGAUGCCAUUGCUGACAGCAGUUGUCUCCAUGUAGCAGCAGCUGUUAUCAUAUACUAGUUGCAGGCAGCUGUGAUAAAAUAUGGCAUAACUUGACUUCACUGGUGUGGGUAGGUCACGAAAUUUAAGUGCUUUUUUUUUGCAACAAUGAAAACAUCCAGUCAAACUGCAGACGUAAAUCUGUGUUUAUAGUCCUUUUAAGAUAUUUCAUUGUUCAAUGAAGAACUCUUAAUGCUCACUCAGUUGGUACUUGCUUUGCGCAGCAUUAUUCCAGCAGAUAUUGCUGGUAUAGCAAAGCAUUUUUGGCUAUGUUUGCUUCUCGGCAAACAUUAAAAUUGGCAACAUGCAUGGCCCAUUUCGAAAGCAUGUGCACCUUCAUACUGAGGUAACCGUGAGUAUAUUCAGCAUUAAACAGAAUAAUUGAAGUAAUUUAUUAAAUUUUAUAUCGAAGUUUUCAUAUAUUCUAACAUUCCUAAGUUUUAUGUGUAUUUGCUCAACUAGCCUAGCUAUUUAUUUUGAGUAUUAGUAGCAAGAUUGUUUGUUUCUAAAAACAGAGUGCAAGAGUGAAAUCAUGCAGACGAUGGCACCAAAUAGAGGCAGGUACUGGGACCUUUGGCUGGUAACAACAGGAAAAAAAAAAUUGGGAAAAACAAAUUUUGUCUCUAGAUUUCAUGCUGAUGAUCUGGGUUUUCUGCAAACUUUUUGAUAGAGAUAGACAUCCUCCUUCACGGUGUUGAGUGGCUGAGCACCAAUCACAAACUCUUAGUUUUCUUGUUCCCGAUGACAAAACGCUCUAAGAAACUAUAAAAGCAAGCAAUGUGAAAUAUUUCGCAGGUGACGGCAAGUCUACACCGAGUGUGGCGACAUAUGGCAUGUCACUAGCCCACUGCGAGGCAAUGUUAUCUCUGCACUGCUGUCAAACUGAUAUAUUGAAGUUGCAACCAACAUGAAAAUACCUUCGUUGUAUCCAACAUUCACUAUAUGCACAUAUUCGUUGCAUACUGAUAUUGGUGAGAAACAUUUGACAUUUGCUUUGUUAUGCUUAUGUUCAUUAUGUUGAAGUUCAACUGUACGCUAGGUGCAUUGUACAGCUGCCUGCAGCUUCCGGAAUGCCAAACCUAUGAAAGUAUUUCUGUGUAACAGUCGGUUACAGCUAGGAACUCUGAUACACACUGUGCACUGCAUCCCACAACAAUAUGCAUGCUCAACGCUUAAGCACUCUUUAGAAAAUCAGUGGUGCGAUAUAAAGGCGGACGAAAACACAUACGACAGGGACGGAUACCAACUUGGUAACCGAGUUUAUUUAGAACAAGAACUUGCUUUCACGCACAGAAAUGUCGUGAUUAUGAUAAACAUGCUACAGAAGCAAUAAUGAAGCAUGACGCUAAGUGAUCAAAUGCACAUGCUAAUCAACAGACAUGCGCAUAUAGUUGCCCAGAAAAAAGUUUGUGUCUGUCAAUUAGCAUGCGCAGUUCAGCACAAAGCAUAAUGCUCUGUUGUCCAUCCUUCUUGUAGCAUGUUCACCAUGAUCAUGUCACUUGCCUAUGAAUAAGGCGAAUUCAUAUUGUGAAUAAACUUAGUUCGAAUUUGUUGUCCGUCCUGCCAUAUCUGUUCUCGUCCACAUUUAUUCCCUUAAAUAUGGCACACCAACUACAGUCCAGCCCACUUAUAACAGCCGCAGAUAUAACGAACGCUCGCUUAGUACGAACGAGGGCGGUGCUACCGUCAAAAUAUAUAUUGGGGCAAUGGCACAGUGUCUCACAUAGAACGAACUGUUGUGGCCUCAACACUCGGUUAGAGCGAACGCGAAGCUGUCGGGCCCCUGUAGUUGACCGAGCCGGCGGUCAACUACAGGGGCCCAUAUCCAGCGACCGAGCCGCUGGAUGUGGGCAUCAUUCAUGAGUUCAAGGUGUGCUACCGGCGGCGCGUCAUCCAACGCUUGUUGAUUGCGAUUGAUGCUGCCAUGCCAGUUCGCAUCAGCUUGCUUGCCGCCGUGGACAUGUUGAAAGCGGCGAGGAUGGAACUCACCGUGGAGUGCAUAGAAAAUUGCUUCCGCAAGGCGGGUUUUAUAGGCCCAGGCACCGAGGAUGCCAUAGAUCACCCUCCGGAAGGCCGGUCACACGAGGACUUGUGGCAACGCGUUGUUGACACGCAGCUGGCCGGACCCGACGUUGCCUGGGACGAUUUCGUUUCUGCUGAUGACGACACCGACAUUGCGGAGCCAUGCACUGACGAAGCUAUUGUGCGUGAAGUGCGAGCCCUUCCUGACUGCCCAGAGACCGACGAGGACGAUGACGAGGAUGCUGCUCUACCGCUGGUUGCUGUGAACGCUUCAGCCGCGAUCGGUUACGUCGCGUCGCUUAAGGAACUUGUGUGCAGCAGAGGCCUUGGCAAUGAACAUAUUACCGCGCUGGAAAAAUUAGAAACGGCAGUGAUGCGAUCAGCUUUGAAGAAGCAGACAUGCAUCACGGACUUUUUUCAAAAAUAAACUGAACUUUCGUCUCGCUUGCUCUUUUUUCCCGUAUUAUAGGAGGUCCACUUAGUACGAACUUUGGAUACAACGAAGAAAUGCCAUGUGACGAUCAAGUUCGUUAUAUGUGGGCUGGACUGUAGUUCAAACCAAGAUUCGGCUUAACCAGUCACUGCACCCGCAAGCUGUGGGAAAGUAGCUCUUGCAUUACUCUUAAGCUCUAAGUACCUCUUUGAGCAGCUUUAUGUUAAAAAGGUCAAUGAAUGAUUACGCUUCUUUUUCAUGUGAAGUAUGGGAACCUUCAUAGCCACGCAAGGCUCGCCCCGCGUACACGCACGUGCACACA